CCGGACUUUGGUGAUCCCUUUGCUGAUUCCCCACCCUCACCUGUCCCAUCAGACAUCCAAGCCCUCCUCGAUCGGUUUCCAGAAGUCUUGACCGAGCCACGUGGAGUCCCCACGCGACCGGUUCGACACACCAUCGAGUUGGUCGAGGGUGCUGUUCCUCCAAAGGGCUGCGUGUACCGUAUGGGACCCGGCGAGCUGGAGGAACUCCGGCGGCAGAUCGAUGAGAUGAUUGACAAAGGGUGGAUCAAACCAAGYGAAUCUGAAUUUGGUGCUCCUGUGUUGUUUGUGCCAAAGAAAGGAGGCAAACUCCGCAUGUGUAUUGACUAUCGCGGUCUAAACCGCAUCACAAGAAAGAAUGCUUACCCAUUGCCUCGUAUAGAUGACUUGCUUGAUGCUGCAGGCGGGUGCAAGGUCUUCUCCAAGAUCGAUCUCAAGUCUGGCUACCACCAGAUUGAAGUCGAUCCUGCGGACCAGCACAAGACUGCAUUCAAGACGCGCGAUGGGCUUUAUGAGUUUACCGUAAUGCCCUUCGGUCUUACGAACGCACCAGCCACGUUCCAAAGCCUCAUGGACAAGGUCCUUUGCGAACAGAUUGGCCGGUUCGUGGUAGUGUACCUGGACGAUAUCCUGAUUUUCAGCAAGUCCAUAGAGGAACACCUCAAGCAUCUUGAGGAGGUACUUGCCAUCCUCAAGAAGACGCAGCUCCAUCUCAACUUGGAGAAAUCCGAGUUUGGGAGGGAUAGCGUCAUCUAUCUUGGGCACCGGUUGUCUGCUGCAAGCUUAGAGCCUGAGGCAACCAAGAUUGAGGUCAUACGCGAUUGGCCUCAGCCUGUGAACAUUCGUGAAUUGCGUUCUUUUCUUGGUCUCGCGUCGUACUAUCGGAAGUUUGUACCCCGUUUUUCUAUCAUUGCUCAUCCAUGGUCGCGACUAACCAGCAAGAAUGUGUGCGUGUACGGAAGCAUUUCGAACUCUCAAGGAAGCCUUGGUACGGAUCCUCUGUACCCUUACCCCUAAUCUCCCAUGUUGUGUAUUCCCACGACCCCCUGACUACAACUCCCUACCACCCUUUGUGCUAAUUGGAGCCUUGCUAACGACU